UACUCUUGUAACCCAUGCGUACUCCAGAUGGUGCCCCUUCACAGUCUCCACCUUUGUAGGCGACCAAAUAGUGGAGAUUUUAACUCGUCUUGGAUUUUAGCGUGUUCACCAUUUCAAUGAGCCUCGCUGGAGCCAACAUCAUUAAUAGUAUGGAUCGCCAUGUCAGCCUUGUCGUCCUGAAUAGCAACUGUUGUUCCUUUCGUUCUCGUAGCGUCCACACGCCAAUGCUUCCAAAGUAAGAGCCAAAAAUCAUGAUGAGUGAAAAGCAGAUAGACGAGAAGGAAGUGAUUGACGACGCGAUCCUGGACCCGCUUUUUUUCCUGCUCUCUGCUCGCCGUGGCAUCGAGCGCGAUCCGCGUGUUCGCCAGACUGCGAUUCCAGACGUUUACACCGUCAAUUAUCGCGGGAAAUCUGGGGUCAAACCCAUUAACCGAACUCCCUUCAUUUCUCGAUUUAUUUGUGGUUUGGGGAGAUUUCAACCCAAGCGAGUCUUCCCCUUUUGCUCCCCCACGCUUAUCUCUGAGUUAACACCGGCUAGAUGGAGUAUGGUUGCGAGUGUCUUCGGACUCAUGCGGUCCAUAUGCGGCGUUAUCGAAAAGUCCAAAAUGGACACUGAAAGGCAAGUUUUCUCAAGGAAAUUUGAGGUCGCUCUCGCCUGCGCGGUUCUCAUGAGUUUGAUCUUCUUCUUCGCCAAACAGUACGCCCGACGCCACGCCGCCGCCGCGACACCUCCCCAGUAUGACCCAGAGUCGUACCAGUGCCGGCUAGUCACGGCCAUGAAGAGGAUAGAUCUACAAUACAAGGAGAUAACCACAGCGACGAUGUUGGAGAUGGAGAGCUACUGGAAGGAUGAAAGGGCCUUGUGCGAGCGGUUUCGCAUCGAUGGUCUUGUAGAUCCAGAGGAUGAACAUCUGAUCUAUGAUGUGGUGGUAAAAUUCUACGAAAAUGGGGGCGUUGUACUGCUUUUCCCCUCGGCAACUCCGUCGCAGCCAAAGCCGGGUGUGGUGAUUUCGAAAGUGUAGAUAGUCGAGAAUGAUAUGUUGAUGCAUAUCUUUACCCGAAACAUUGAAUUCUUAUCACGCUAUUUUAACACCUCGUGUCAGGCGGUUAUCAUCGGCCGAAC